AUGGAUGUGGCCCCAUUCCCACUGCCACCAGUGGAGCCCGCCGCUACUGCAGCCUUCAUGUGCUUCCACCCUUCCUGUGGAGCCGGCAACAUCAAUAUUGCCACCUUUGCUGGUGGGAAGCAUUCAGUAUCCCCGCCAGUGGACGUCCUGAUGGAGAGCAAUGAGGUUCCAGCGACGCUGCCUGCGGUGUUGUACGACUGUCCAGAGCCGCGCCUCUUUCUGCCUGUGCAGGACGAGAAGAGCGCGGCGCUGCGGCAGCAGGCCUCUCCGGACAGGCUGUCCGUCACUUUCGGCGGCGGCGAGGAGGCCGUCUUCUCGCCGGGCUCUCCGCCAGCCGCCGCCAUGGACAAGGUUCGCUUCCCGGGGGACGCCGCGCCACCACCUGUCGCCGCUGGUCCCGUGGACGAGGAGGAGGACUACUCUGCGAGCCUGCCGCCCUCCAUCUCCGCCUCCGUGGACCACGAGUCUCUGGGUACGGGGCCAGGCUCCGGGCCCGCACCCCAGCGGAGGCGAUCCUCCGUCUUCACCACCAGCUCUGGAGAGACGGCCAUCUCGGUGGAGGAGUGCAUCACGCAGGAGCAGAUCGUGGAGCGGCUGCGGCUGCACAAGGAGGUGCUGAGCAGCGUGAAGCAGCAGCCGUGGGGCAUGCGGCGCAAACUGCGGCUCGUCAAGCAGGCCAAGGCGUACGUGAAGCAGCACGAGGGCGAGCUGCGAGAGCGGCGCACCACGCGCCACCUGCUCUCCAGGUGCCACCUGCUCGUCAUCAAGCGGUGGCAGCACACCCGGCGCGAGCUGGACAACCUGAUGAACGCGCUGAUCCCGUGGGAGCUGCGCAUCAAGCAGAUCGAGUCGCACUUCGGCUCCGUGGUGGCCUCCUACUUCACCUUCCUGCGCUGGCUCUUCUGGGUCAACCUCGUCAUCACCGUGCUGCUGGUCGCCUUCGUCGCCAUUCCAGAGAUGCUGACGGCAGACACGCGGACGGCGGGCGAGCGCAAGGAGAUGCUACCGCGCGAGCGGCGCACGGCCACCAACCUGGACACGCUGUGGGACUUCGACGGCGUGCUCAAGUACUCGCCCAUCUUCUACGGCUACUACACGAACCGCGACGCCGCCGACACGGGCUACCGCCUGCCUUUCGCCUACUUCAUGACGGGCAUCGCCGUCUACGCCUACAGCUUCGUCGCGACACUGCGCAAGAUGGCAGAGAAUUCCCGCAUGAGCAAGCUGUCCGAGAAGGACGACGAGUGUGUGUUCACGUGGAAGCUGUUCACCGGCUGGGACUACAUGAUCGGCAACGCGGAGACGGCUCACAACCGCGUGGCGUCCAUCGUGCUGGGCUUCAAGGAGGCGCUGCUCGAGGAGGCCGAGCGGCGUCGCGACGCCCGCAAUUGGCGGGUGCUCUGCCUGCGGGCGUUGGUGAACUUGGCUGUGCUGGUGCUGCUGGCGUCUUCCGCCUACGCCGUCGUGGAAGUGGUGAAGCGCUCCAAUCAGACGUCGCCCAGCGACAGCUGGUGGCGGCAGAACGAGAUCACCGUGGUGAUGUCGCUCAUCCAGUACGUCUACCCCAUCCUGUUCGAGGUGCUGGGACUACUCGAGAGCUACCACCCGCGCAAGCAGCUGCGCAUACAGCUCGCGAGAAUAAUGGCGCUUAACAUGCUUAGUCUCUACACGCUGAUCAUAGCGCUGUUCGACAAGAUUAAAGAUAUGGUGAGUGAAAAUCUUGCAUGCAGCCUGCCGCAUCUAGUACGUGAUCGAUCAAGGGCAUCUUGUUGUACACCACGAGCUGUAGUUGAAAGAUAUUUAUUUUCCAGACCAAUAGAAGAAAUUGUCUGGUGA